AUGGCUAUGGACGAAGAGCACAGAGACUGCGGAAGCCACGAGGAACCUCGAGGCAGCGCCGCUGAUUGGCGACGGUAUUCGGUGCAGCUCAGCAUCAAUGACGUAAAUACUAUAUGGAAGACUUAUGUCGGGCCCCGAGACCGCCGUGCUGCCGAAGCUAUCCCGGCCUCAAUCACCAAGGCCGCAUACCUUGUGUAG